AUGAUGACGACGGUAGAGGAGAUUGAAUUCAGACUAUUCGAGUUGCAAGAGUUGAUACACUCGAAUACAGAGAACACUCUAAUAGAGGAUAAACUACAUGAUAUCGACGAUAUCGUCGACGAUAAAACGCCAAUUGAGUUGGUAAACGAAAUAGAGCAGCUGAGAUAUGAUAUAAAUGAUAAAAAUUGGUUAAUCAUCUAUCAAUCUACCUCAAAUCAAUGUAAAUUCAUGUUAAAUAGUCUAGACAAGUCAUACAACUACACAAAGGAACUCCUAAACGAUCAGUCUGAUUUCAAGAACAUCUACAAUUCUUUCAAAAUUAAAUUAAAUUACUAUACCCCUUCAAUACAGAGAGUUUUAAACACUUUAACAAAGUACAUCAAUCAACACUCAAAUGGUCAUUGUUUGAGGGAUCACGCCGAUUUACAGAAGAGGUGGAAAGAGUUGGAUAAUCAAUUAUUAGACUUGGAUUCUAAGUUGCAACGGAUGCAAGAUGUCAAUAGCCUAUCAAAUAAUCUACAAUUAUUAAAUAUUGACUCUACACCAUCAAAAUCACCUUCGUCGAGACCUUCUUCUAGUUUAUCAUUCACUUCAAAGUUACCACGUCCUUCUACACCCACUUCGCGCUCUUACAGUCCAACGCCUUCGAAUGCAUCUACACCUUCACGCAUACCACGGACAAAGCGGUCUUCUUCUCACUUGUUUGCAGAUAUAGGUAGUAGAAAUCUAAUGACACCAGAACCUCAGUUGAGAGCAACAGCUAGACCUUUCUGGGGUGCCUCCAACGAGCCAAUUCCACGUACAAGGAGGAUUAUAUCCGGUAGAUCAUCCAAUAUUAGUACUUCAACUAUAAACGAUUUAGCGACAUACCAUCCGAACAGUAAAGAUCCUUUAGAUAUCCAAGUCGCAAAAAUAUACAAUGAAAAUGGAUUAGGUAUCGGUAUUGAGAGGGUUGACCCUCCACUUACGAAGAAGCCUGCGCCAGAUUCAUCUUCAAAUAUACAAGCACAAUAUGCAUUUGAAACGACGCAUAAUAGGAAAGUUGUUGUAUGUAAACUACUUGAGUUGAAAGCUACUAGGAAAGCUCAACUGAAUGGUGAACCUAACAGACAGAAAGUUAUGGUUAGAGUUGGCGGUGGAUGGAAAGAUCUCAAAAGCUAUCUAAUUGAGAGGCAACAGUAGGUAUAUUUUUGAAUAGAUUCCUUUCAGACAUACCCAUUAUACUCAUCAUUGGAGUAUCAUGCAUUCCAUUACAUAAUCCUUUCGCGGUUAUAGUUAUAGCAAUGUCAGUAGUCAAUUCAAAACCAUAUGUAAUCUAAUUUAUAUCGACAUGCAUAUAAUCAUCACAUUCGAUGUCAUCAUCAUUUGUUUCGAUGUCUGAUUCAGAAUGACAUAAAACCCAUCUCGACAUAUCCAUUGGAGUGCUGCUAUAAAUUCGGGAAAAGAUAAACUUCUUACUUUACAUUUAACGUUUUAUAAAAAAAAAUGCCACAAGAAUUCAAGAAAGCUUAUCAAACAGUCGACCCAGCAGGACAUGGAAUUCCAACUGAAGGCUUGAAUGACAGAGCGAUGGGCCAACGUGCAGCAGGAAUUGCUGGAACUACUUCAUCCAC